AUGACCACGAAAGAAAAAGUAACCUUAGAACGAGAAAUAAAAAGUAUUUCAAAAAACCUAUUGGAUAACGCCAAUACAGUUCCACCACCAAUUACGGCGACACCUAAUAAUGCUACAUCUAAUAUUAGUCCGUCGUCGUCGUCUACACAAGGCAGUACGUCAUCUGGAAAACCUGAAGAUCCGAUGAAAUGGUUUUUAAGACUAACGGGGCAAGAAAAUUCGUCAGAAUCGAAACAGAAACCUACUUCCAUCGCAGAUGAAAUAGCCUUAUACAGUAGUAUGGCACAGAAAAAAAAUGCUAUUGCGUUAAAAUCGGAAUCGCUAAGCUUCUGGUCGAAACAAGGAGACGAAUUACUAUUACUUAAAGAAUUAGCAUCGAAAUACUUAACAACUCCUGGAACCAGUGUUCCCUCAGAAUCUGUGUUUUCGGUUGCCAGUUUUGUUGGAAGAAGAGAGAGAGCUCGUUUGACAGCAAAAAAUCUCUCAUAUUUAGUGUUUCUUAAAGAAAAGAUUUAA